AUGGACGACACAGGAUUGCCUCCCAACUGGGAAGUCCGCCACAGCAACUCCAAGAACCUGCCCUACUACUUCAAUGCGACGGAUAAGAUCUCUCGCUGGGAGCCACCGGCCGGCACCGAUACCGAGAAGCUCAAGAAAUACAUGGCUCUGCACCACAGCUCGACCUCGGCCGGCGCCCCCGUCGCAAAGCCUGCGGACAAGAUCCGUGCCGCCCACCUGCUCGUCAAACACCGCGACAGCCGCCGUCCAGCCUCGUGGCGCGAAAGCGAGAUCACCCGCUCCAAGGACGACGCCAUGGGUAUCAUCAAGAACCACGAGGCCCGCAUCAAGCGCGGCGACAUCAGCCUGGGCGAGCUGGCCAUCACGGAGAGCGACUGCAGCAGCGCCCGUAAGAGGGGCGACCUGGGUUACUUCGGCAAGGGCGACAUGCAGAAGGAGUUUGAGGACGCCGCUUUUGCGCUUCAACCCGGCCAAAUGAGCGGCGUGGUUGAGACGGCCAGCGGCCUGCACCUGAUCGAACGGUGA